CAUCAACAGGCUAGGCUAGUGACGGCGCCGGCGCACCGUGAUCUCGCACCAAUUAACCCAUCACGUACAACAUAAUACUUAAAAGUUAAACUUACUGGCUACUCGACAAACAUCAGGGAUAUUCCCAGUGCGACAGCGCACGGUCUAUCAAUUUAAGCAAAUAUCAUGUCAGCUCACUUGCGGUCGAAUUAUUUAAUUUUUACGUGUUAAAGUAAAUAUUCGGUUGGAUGUUUGCCAAUUUUAGUCAUCAGUAAUCACUCAUCGUUCAUUAUCGGUAAUAGUCAUUUGUGUGGUCCUUGGGUGCGGUCGUACGCAGCCCGUUUUAAAACCAAACGCUUUACGGUAAAGACAGGUAUGAGCAGCGGAGUGACCGUGUUAUAAAUUCGGACGUCUAGUGUGUACUGCGCUUAACAUGGCUUCCGAAAAAGAGAAGAUGGCGGCUGCCGAGACCAAGUCUCCCUCUAACAAGAGCAACUGUACCUCCCCAGGGAAGAAAGGAGAAACCGACGAACAUGGCUUGCCAACGGAGAAGGAUAAAUCGUGUGACACCAACCUGUACUUGUAUCAUGAAGAGUUGGAGGACAGGCCUCGAGCGGCGACGUUCCUCAGCUCGCUGGCGAACUACUCCAACACGAUCCCGACGGCAUCAGCCGCGGACCCUGACGUCAAACCGGCUCCACCAGCUCGUAUGGGCACGCUCAUCGGUGUCUACCUCCCCUGCAUCCAAAACAUUUUCGGUGUCAUCCUCUUCAUCCGUCUCACGUGGGUCGUUGGAACUGCUGGUGCUAUUCAAGGAUUUCUGAUUGUUCUCGUUUGCUGCUGUACGACAAUGUUAACUGCUAUCUCGAUGUCUGCGAUUGCGACGAAUGGCGUGGUGCCGGCGGGCGGGUCGUACUUCAUGAUAGGGCGCUCGCUGGGCCCGGAGUGCGGCGGCGCGGUCGGCAUGUUGUUCUACACAGGCACCACGCUCGCAGCCGCCAUGUAUAUCGUCGGAGCUGUUGAAAUUGUUCUGACGUACAUGGCGCCGUGGAUGUCGAUCUUCGGGGACUUCACUAAGGAUCCUGAAGCGAUGUACAACAACUUCCGAGUUUACGGCACCGGGUUGCUAUUAAUCAUGGGCAUGGUCGUGUUUGUCGGCGUCAAAUUUGUCAACAAGUUCGCGACCGUCGCCCUUGCCUGUGUGAUCCUCUCCAUCACUGCUGUCUACGUCGGAAUCUUUGUCAACUUCAACGGAAACGAUAAGCUGCAAAUGUGUGUGUUGGGUAAACGUCUACUGAAGGAUAUCGACAUCAACAACUGCACGAAGACAGUCGGAGCCCCGCUGCACCAACUGUUCUGCAACAAUGGUACCUGCGAUCCUUACUACCUGACUCACAACGUGUCUAUCGUACAGGGUAUCAAGGGCUUAAAGAGUGGAGUUUUCUUUGACAACCUUCAAGACUCGUUCCUUCAACUCGGCCAAUACAUCGCUUACGGCAAGGAACCCGAGGAUAUCGAGCAGAUGGAGAGACCAACUUAUAACCAAGUCUACGCUGACCUUACCACGACCUUUACCAUCCUCAUCGGAAUCUUCUUCCCCUCCGUAACUGGUAUUAUGGCUGGCUCUAACCGCUCGGGUGACUUGGCUGACGCUCAAAAGAGUAUCCCUAUUGGAACGAUCUGCGCUAUCCUUACCACUUCCACCGUCUAUCUGUCCUGCGUACUUUUGUUCGCUGGCACUGUUGACAAUCUGCUUCUUAGAGACAAGUUUGGUCAAUCUAUCGGUGGAAAACUCGUAGUAGCUAACAUGGCGUGGCCGAACCAAUGGGUGAUCUUGAUUGGUUCCUUCCUGUCAACCCUGGGAGCUGGUCUGCAAUCCCUCACUGGAGCCCCACGUUUACUGCAAGCUAUUGCUAAGGAUGAAAUCAUUCCGUUCUUAGCACCUUUUGCCGUCUCAUCUAGCCGGGGUGAACCAACAAGGGCCCUGCUUUUAACGAUGGUGAUCUGCCAAUGCGGUAUCCUUCUUGGCAAUGUUGACAUCUUGGCUCCUCUACUCUCCAUGUUCUUCCUCAUGUGCUACGGCUUCGUUAACCUCGCCUGCGCUCUGCAGACCCUCCUUAAGACUCCUAACUGGCGACCCCGGUUCAAGUACUACCAUUGGUCUCUUUCGUUGGCUGGACUUACGCUUUGCAUCUCUAUCAUGUUCAUGACGUCUUGGUUCUACGCUCUGAUUGCCAUGGGCAUGGCCGGCCUCAUCUACAAGUAUAUUGAAUACCGCGGAGCUGAGAAAGAAUGGGGAGACGGACUUCGUGGUCUGGCCCUAUCAGCUGCUAGAUACUCGCUGCUACGUCUGGAACAAGGACCUCCUCAUACCAAGAACUGGCGUCCUCAAGUAUUGGUGCUUGCCAAAUUAAACAAUGAACUGAUGCCUACCUACCGAAAGAUGCUAGCUUUUGCCAGUCAACUGAAAGCUGGCAAGGGUUUGACAGUAUGUGUAUCAGUGCUGGGCGGCGACUUCCCUCGACGAUCUGGUGACGCGACCUCUGCGCGACAGAACCUUCGUCGCUGUAUGGAUGAGGAGAAGGUCAAAGGCUUCGUCGACGUCCUCGUGGCACCUCAUAUCGCUGAUGGACUUAGCCACCUGGUACAAACGACGGGUCUGGGUGGUUUGAAACCCAACACAGUGAUCGUGGGCUGGCCGUACGGUUGGCGCGCGGCCGAGCGGCCCGAGCCUCGCUGGCAAAACUUCCUCCACACCGUGCGCGCUGUCGCCGCCGCACGCAUGGCCAUGCUCGUACCUAAAGGCAUUAACUUCUUCCCCGAUUCCAGCGAGAAGGUGUCCGGCAAUAUCGAUAUCUGGUGGAUCGUCCACGACGGUGGCAUGCUAAUGUUGCUGCCUUUCCUGCUGAAGCAGCACCGCACCUGGAAGAACUGCAAGAUGCGCAUCUUUACUGUUGCCCAGAUGGAAGACAACUCCAUUCAGAUGAAGAAAGACUUGAAGAUGUUCCUAUACCAACUGCGACUUGAGGCCGAAGUAGAAGUCGUUGAAAUGACGGACAGUGACAUAUCUGCGUACACCUAUGAGCGAACCCUGAUGAUGGAACAACGAAACCAGAUGCUACGUGAACUGCGGCUGAACAAGAAGGAAACCAUGGGCAUGGUGCAAGCCAUUGUGGAUCAUCACCACGCCGACGUGAAGACUGCAAGCAAGGUUCGAUUCGCAGAACCUGGCGAUGAAGCACCAACUGAUGCACCAUCACCUCCACUCGCCGAUACUGAGGACAAAGACAAAGAUGACAAGGACGACUUUCGAAGUAGUUUGUUGCACAUAAUCGAUUCAAUGUGGGACUCGCCCGAUGAACGGUCGCAGUGCGAGGAUGCCAGCCCGCCUCCCGACGACAACAAGCACAAGGACCAGCCCGCCAACGGCGACGUCAAGCCCAAGCCCAACCUCUCCGACAUGACGCCUGACGAGGGCACGGUGCGACGCAUGCACACGGCGGUGAAGCUCAAUGAGGUGAUCGUGUCUCGCUCACAUGACGCGCAGCUGGUCAUCCUCAACCUGCCCGGUCCUCCACGCGACACCAACAUUGACCGGGAGUCCAACUACAUGGAGUUCCUGGAGGUGCUGACGGAGGGGCUGGAGAAGGUGCUGAUGGUGCGCGGCGGAGGCCGCGAGGUGAUCACGAUCUACUCGUGAACGCGCGGGAGUGCUUCUCUCCUAACUGUUAGUGCUAUGGUUUGGAACGUUCCGAUCGGUCGGGCUCGAGUCUCGUCGAUCGAAAGACUUAACCCGCGCAUCUCUAAGACUGCCGACACGACCGUCGCGUUCCGGUUCGUUCAUAAAUAUUGUAUGUAUUUUCUUACGAUGAUUGUAUUCGGCGUUCGUUUUACUUGUAAAUGUUAGCUUAAUUCUACGAUACAUUUUGUUGAAUUUGCUGUUUAGAGUGACGUUGUUUUGAAAUUUAUUCACUGUUGUAUAGAUAUUUAUGGAUAUGACGUAUGUAUCUAACGAGAAGCCUUAUCUGUCGGACGUUAGCUCUAAGUUCGUUGUUUUGUUACUACAUAGACUAGCUAAGAGUUACUUCGAGUGGUCUCUUGUUUACCAACAUGCCAUAUAGUUUUACAGACGUUAACAGUUUUAGGUUAAUUUGUAUCAUUUUUGUACAUUAUUUUAUUUUCUAUGGUUGUAAUCACGGCGUAGAUAUACUUUGUAAGAGUAUACAUUUCUUGAAAUCAUGAAGAUUUUUAACUAUAUGAAAUUGUAUUUUGUAAAUAUUAUUCUGUUCUAAGAUUUACAUCUGCUCAACUUAAAACUAACCGUGGGACUGACGCAGGAAGUUACCAUUUCCAACUGUCGCUAUCCACAAGUACAUGGAUUUAUAAAAAAUUUCAUUUGAACAUCAUUUCUAGUCACUUUUCGAUAUUAGUUUUAUCUAAUACAUACACAAUUCGUUAUACCAAAAAGGUUUAAGUCAUUAAGUGGACACAACUGGAAAAACCCUCCAGUAAUCAUGAUGAGUAGAUGGACAGCUACAGAACGCGCUGAGGGACACCUAGGUAACUAUUAACUAUUCGUAUUUUAGUAUUAGCGUGAAGAUUUAAUAGUUAAACGCGAUCUCUCGCAAUUAACUUAGAGAAUAACUUGAAAACUUAUUGCGCACAUUCGCGUAGGUAGAUGAUUUCUUACUGUGAUCGUUUAUAUAAAGUUUUAUUGUUUUAGUUUUACUUAAGUGGUAGCGGUAAUACACAGACUAUCCUGUAGUAGUCAUCGUUCAGCAGAAUGUACAUUCCUUUCACGUAUAUUUAUAUGUAGUUGCCUUCAAUCGCUCGUGCUAUUGUUUUCGUCGAUUAGGCUGCCUUACGACAUGCGUCAUUAAACCAAAUAAAACUAAAACUUUGAAAACGCUUCAAGUUGUCAAAAACGGUGUUAUAAACAUUAUAAACUCAUGAUUUUAAGAACAUAAUAAUAUGAAUGACUGUCAAAGCUACAGAGCUCUAUUUUCGCAAACUACUUUUGAAAAGACGAGCUAUCAAGACACGCAAAGCUUUCAGAAAACGUAAACAAUCGUUUUAAUUCGAAAUUAAAAAGUAAUACGGCUUAUUUUGGUGUAACUGUAAAGUUUAUAGAUAUUGUUAUUUGUUCGUUAUGAAUGGAGACAUCUGAAGCAGUCUACAGCUUGGCACUCAGAUGCGCGCGUACGUAUGAUGAAAACUUGUCAAUUUUGAUUUACCGUUACACCACUCUAGUUAAGGAAGUAUUUCUUAUUCGUAUAAAGAGUGUUAGAUAACUGCCAAAUAGGAAUCGGUGUUGUAAAAUAUCCUAGUCCAUAAGUGAGCUACCAUCUUCUCAAUAAUAACUGUGUUUAUGAACUUUCAUAAAUAUUUACGAAACAUUUACAGUUAUAGACAUUUAAUAGCUAACAGAACCUUGUAGACGAUAGUUAGUUUACUCUGCUGUCUUUGUUUCAUAAAACUAUUUUAGUAUUAAGUUUACCAUUCGAUUGUUAGCAUCCCUUCGAUGUUCAUAACGAACUUUAACUGUAAAUGUUAUUUUAAAAAUUUAUCAAUUACCUUAAUAAUGUCCUAAGAUUUUACGAUAGCGUCAACUCGAAUUUUGUACGAGAGUUGAUAUUUUUAAGAUUUCCUCAAAUAAAAAAUAGAUUAAAAUUUUUCGUAACUCGUACUCACAAAUACAAUUAACGUCAUUUAAUGUUCACGCUCCUCGCGUUACGAACAAAGUAGGAAUUAAUUCGAAUGCAUUUAAGUAUUCCUUUUUGUCAUGGUUGUAGAUGCCAUAAUAAUAAAUUAAGUACGUAGAUGUUAGUUAUUCUAUGAAUCGACUGUCGACUACCCGUCUAUCGAGAUACCAGUGGGCAGUAACUGAACACUCGGUCGCCUAGCAACCACAAACAACAAGCCCGAGGCCGCCGCUCUAUCUACCACAAUGGAAGAAUAGCGAUAUAUAUUAACAAAAAUUAUAACUCACUUAAUAAGAUUAAGUAUAAAUCAUUCUAAAUUAUAUCUGUAACUCCAUGUUUGACAAGUUUCGUGAUAAUACAUCUCUCUUUAUGAUUUUGUGAACGUGGUUAUCACUUAGUGAUUGUACACAGGCGUAAUGAACUAGUGAUCACAUAUCUUCCUUUCACAUAGAAAAAAUAUAUCUACAUUAUAAAACUAUUUAUGCCUAAUAAAUAGGUAAUGGACGAUAAUUUAUUUAAAAUGAAAUUUAUUGAAUUAUAUAUUAUCGAAAUUAUAAAAAAA